GCAAUGACGUAGGUUGCUAUCGCGAGGAUAUCACAUUUAGCUUCUUGGCUUAUUAGCCAUUAGGCCGCCAAACGCUUGAUUGGUGAUCUUGUUCUUUCCAAAUGUACUCUUCUUGGAGAAACUAAACGUCUACGUGUUACCGUUUGAUAUCUCCCUCGCGUCUACAAGGCAGGAAAUAAACACUGGACCUCGCGUUGGACGGUUUCCAAUGAUGAGUUAUGCUGAAAAACCUGAAGACAUCACAAAAGACGAGUGGAUGGACAAAUUGAACAACGUGAACAUUCAGAGAGCGGACAUGAACCGGCUCAUUAUGAACUACCUGGUGACCGAGGGAUUCAAAGAGGCGGCAGAGAAGUUCCGCAUGGAGUCUGGCAUCGAGCCCAGUGUGGAUUUGGACUCUCUAGAUGAAAGGAUAAAGAUCCGAGAGAUGAUCCUGAAGGGACAGAUCCAGGAAGCCAUUGCACUCAUCAACAGCCUGCACCCGGAGCUGCUGGACACCAACCGAUACUUAUACUUUCAUCUCCAGCAGCAACAUUUGAUCGAGCUCAUCCGGCUAAGGGAGACCGAGUCAGCGCUGGAGUUUGCCCAGACACAGCUGGCCGAGCAGGGGGAGGAAAGCCGCGAGUGCCUCACAGAGAUGGAAAGAACGCUCGCCCUCUUAGCCUUUGACAACCCCGAAGAGUCGCCCUUUGGAGAUCUGCUCAACAUGAUGCAGCGGCAAAAGGUGUGGAGCGAGGUGAAUCAAGCGGUCCUGGACCACGAAAACAGGGAGUCCACUCCCAAAUUGGCCAAACUCCUCAAGUUACUGCUGUGGGCACAGAACGAGCUGGACCAGAAGAAAGUGAAAUACCCGAAAAUGACUGACCUGAGUACGGGAACCAUCGAGGACCCCAAGUGAACCGAUAAGCAGGAAGACCACCGUCUUUUACGGCCCCCCCCCUUAAUUUAUGAUCAACCGCACGGCUGUUGCGACUGGAUAGUGUGCUAAACUGAGUUUUGAUGAAGUUUCUUGGCUGAACUUGGUCAUCAUGACUUGUUGCAUUCAAACAGCACCAUCUAAGUUAGCAUGGAGCUAUACAGUGGUGCCUUGAGAUACGAGUGACCUGACUUGGAAGUUUUCCGAGAUACAAGCCAUCCUUCGACUGUUUUUUUUGUUGUUUGUAUUUUUUUUUUUGUGUGUGUUGUUUUUUUUUUUCUACUUGCGAGCAAAAAUUUUAGAUACUAAGCGCCGUACGGUGGCAGUCAACUCAACUCGCGUCACGUCAAGCAGAAGAUUGGCAGAUCGUGAACAAUUUAAAAGAAAAGGCUUCCAGCUGUUUGCCACUCCCAAUUAACGUUUACUGUCAAACUGAACAUAAAACAGAGAAUCACGUGUAUUUUUUAACCAAACCACAUAAUUUUGCCUUACAAAUAUCUGCUAGCUCAAUGCUAACACACAAUGCAAUAUGCUAUAGAGCGUUAUAACCCUUUAAGCAGUAGGGUUUAUGCCAGAGAUGGGGAUGGAACUUCUGGCAAAAAAUUCUGCCACCCUAAGUACUUUGGGUGCCCACAGCCACCAUGGUGUCAGGGUGAGAUUUUUGUAAACACUAUCUGCCAGUCAAUGUCAUGGCAGACUCCCGAAGUAAAAUAAAACCGUUAAAGUUUCAGCGAACAAAAAGCACUGCUGCCGAUCACUGAUGUGUGCCUUUGUGUACAGCACACGACGCCGCUGAGCGAAGCAUAGAGCAAAAUGAAAAGCAAUGAGAACUUUUUCAAGCUUGUACAUAUUAUGCCAACAAAAAAAUAUUGUGACACAUUGCCGAUUUUAUUUUGAAGCUUGUGGAUGACCAAAGGCUAACUUGCAGCCAGUCAGUCAAAAAUAGUUGAGCAAUGCUAUGAAGUCACGCAAGAAUGACAUAAUGCCUUUCAAUUUUGCAUCUUUGUGCUUUUCCAGGUGCAUAUACUGUUCCAAGUUUUAAACGCAAUCUUACGCAGGAUGCGAUUGCCACUGCUGCAAGAUUGAGUUUAAAUAAAACAAUGUCUCUUGUGGUUGCUUCCUCCAAAUGACCAGUUCGACAAAGUAAAACCCUACUUAAAAUGCGAGAUACGAGUUCAGAAUGCUUAGUGUGCAAAAGCCCGGCGACGCCAAGCCCGGCCAGCUGCAGUCUUUCUAGUUGUCCCUAAUCAAGUUGCCUGCCUCACAGGUUAAAAAGAAAACAACAAAAACAAACUGCUUUCUACUUGAAAUCACCACAAAAGGAGGAAACACGAGUUUAUUUUUAUUCUAAUUUGCUUUUCUAAAGAAACAUGAGUAAAAUGUCAGUGAUUGUGUCAUCUCUUGUAGUUGACCAAAGAAUGAGUGGGCUCUAGUGAGCUAACAUUAGUGGCUAUGCUAGCUACGUGAAAACAAUCGGUCCAUAUUGAAGUAGUGACGUGAAUAAAUGUACUUAAAUGAUACAACGCAACUCAUUCGAUAACAUUUGUGGUGUGCCUUGAGUGAAUUGUAAAUAAUCCAGUCAUUUUACAUAGAGAUGAAUGGACCGGAAAAGGCGGUGCGGAAUCACCGGGACCUUAAAACCAGAAGUGCGUGGCAUAAACCCCUAUUGCUACUUGAACACAAACAGUGGAGCAACGCAUGCAGACAGACAAUAAAACAAUACACACAGGCAUAUAUUCUUUAUUUGUUGUGAAAAAAUAUUACUGCAUCUUACUGAGUCAGUUGUGAAACUCUUCUUCAUGACUCCCAUCUGUAUUAUAAUUCCCCCAGGUGGCCACGGUGCACACGCCAGAAGUAGCAGCACAAUUUCCAUAGAAUUUUCAUCCAUCCAUUUUCUGUACUGCUUAUCCUCACUAGUGUCGCGGGUGUGCUGGAGCCUGUCGCAGCUAUCUUUGGGCGAGAGGCGGGCUACACCCUGAACUGGUCACCAGCCAUUCGCAGGGCACAUAUAAACAAACAACCAUUCGCACUCACAUUAAUACCUACGGGCAUUUUCCCAAUUAACCUAUCCUGCAUGUUUUUGGGAUGUGGGAGGAAACCGAAGUACCCGGAGACCAUGGAAACUCCACACAGGCGGGGCCGGGAUUUGAACCCCGGUCCUCAGAACUGUGAGGCAGAUGUGCUAACCCGGCGUCACCGUGCCGCCUCCAUAAAAUUUAAGCAAAAUCAUUUGGCAAAAACUGUUCGAUUCUUUCUAUUUGAUUAUGUCUUGACUGUAUAUUUUAGAAAUUAAAUCUAUGAGAGUGUGAGAUUUUUUUUUUUAUUUAAAAAAAGUCAUUUUGGGGGAAGACUGGAAUUAAUGGCAUUUCAAUGGGGAAAGAUUAUUUACGAUACUAUCUCAAGGCACUGCUGUAUUUUUUAUUGUGGUCACUAUUUUUCAGGACUUCUGAUUUCAAACUCAAUUUCAGCAUUAUAACAUAUUACUUCGUGUGGCUCACUAGUGACUAUCAAUCGUUACUAAAAGAAAAUGGAAUCUGUUUGAAAAAUACUGGUUUCAUGGUAACAUGCUACUUUUUGUGCAAAUACGUCAUGGCGACGUUCAGCCAGGAUACCCGAAAUUGGCUUACCCUGCUAUCCAGGACUUGUGCAACAGUGUAUACUGUAUGUAUAAAGUAUUACUCUUUGCUUUUCAUGUGUCAUCAAGGAGAGACGAGACUGUAAAUUGCUGUAUUUACAAAAUAACAUUUAAAUACCAACACUGGGUUUUUAGACAAAUGUUGAGUCAACAAAUACAAGUUGCUAUUUUAUACAUUUGUGUUUCUCAAAGGUGUUGAGUCUGUAGUAUUUAUUGUCAAUUUUCUGCAUUGCUGGAACUUGUUUUGAUAUGAGCGUUACCCGGGUGAGCUGCCAGAUUGGAUAAGAGUAAAACUGUGAAGUGUGUAACAAUUAAACAGACAAGCAAGACAGACAAGAUAUUUUAGACUGAGCCUGUGUGUGUGUGCGUGUGUGUGUGUGUGUGAGUGAGAGAGAAAACCACAAUGGAAUCUAAAUGUAACUAUAUAUAAAUUAUGACUGAAUAUACUUCAUCAGUACAUGUUUCCCCUUUUUUUUUAACCGUCUUUUCACAUUGACUGCAUGUAAGUGUCUUAUUUAACGCAGGAAGGACACUUGUGCUUGUCUCAUAUGGUUCGGUUUUACUUUUUUAAGGAAACCAACUUGCUGCUAGUUGUACAUCCUUAAGUUGUGUCAACCUUGUGUUGUCUUUCCAGAGACGUGCUCUGACAUUUGGGAGACAUCGAGUGCUUGCGUCCCUUUUAAUUAAUCCACAUUUCUAAGAGCAGAUUUGCUAAUAAACAUAACUUUUGUGAAACAUU